GGUGCUUUCCUGCUGCUCCUUCCUGUCCGUAGCUGUAUCCGGGUCAUUCCGGUGAAACCCCCCUUGUCCCGUUCCCGCGGGGUCAUUGUGUCGCUGCGGGUUUCCGGUCCUCUUCCCCCUCCCAGGGAGGUUUGUGUGUCGGUGCGGUUGGCAUCGCCGUUGAGCCGUUUUUUCAUUUCUUCUAGUCCCCUCCCCGUGCUUGCCCGCAUGGAUCCUCCCGGGCGGGUAGUGCGGAGCCCCCGAGGAGGGGAGGAUGGCGGCGGCCCGGGUCAGAAUCCUAUAGGUAUGGCUUACGUACCAACAGAGGAUGAAAGAAGAAUUUUCAGGGAAUGCAACCAAGAGAGCUUCUGGUAUAGAUCUGUGCCUUUUUCUGCAGUAAGCAUGAUUGUCACUUCGGGCUUAAUUAAGGAAGGAAUUCUCACCACUCAUUCAAGGUUUGGCUCUCUUCCCAAAGUUGCAUUUGCCGGUAUAUGUGGAUAUAUUGCUGGAAAGAUUUCUUACAUGUCGGCCUGCCAGGAGAAAUUUGGGAGACUGGAGAAUUCCCCAAUAGGACAAACUAUACGACAAAGGCGCAGAGAUCUUCCACAUGAAUAUGCUGCUCAAAACUCAAAAUUUGCAAGUUUGCCUUCUCAGUCACUUUUUGGAUCUUAUCCAACAGCUGAAGCUCCACUUUCUUCCAGCUAUUCACAUGAAUAUAGUUCAGCAGAGCAGUCUGCAGAGCAGUCUGUCUCUAAUUAUGCACCAGUUCCAUUCAGUUCUUCUCUGAAUGAAUCCUCUCCUACUGGAAUUACUGACCAUAAUGCCCAAGAACCUGUUCCAUUACUAGAAGAAAGUCCUAAAAGAAAAAGUGUCUCAUACGAGGAGUUAAGGAAUAGAAACAGAGAGACAUAUGAAGUAGCAUUAACGCAAAAGGCAGAGACUCCAGUCAAGUCUUCACAGGAGAGACUAUUUAAAAAAGAAGUCAAAGUAAACAAGUAUGGAGAUGCUUGGGAAGAGUGAGAACUGAAUCUUUGCAUGUACUGAAGGAAGUUAUCGUCAAUCAGCUAACUUCAGUUCCAUCUAUGUUGGUCAUGAAUAUCUGCACACUUUGGUGUAUUCUGCCAAACUGAAAUAUGUUAUAAUAAAGGAGACUAGAUUUUAUUUUUGACUUUCCAGAAGAGUGAAAAAUGAUGGAUUGUAGGCUUAACAUUGUGUAGCUUUGCACCAUUGGGGAACUAGACUAUUGAUGAGAACAGUGAUUUUAAACAGUUUGAUAUUGUUUAGAAAUAAUGAAAAAGGGAUAGCUCGCACUAAUUUUUAUAAAUUUGUAAUGUGAGAUAAGACACUGGCAUAUGUAAACAGACUAAGUCAGAUGUAGUGGUGUUGAGAGGGAAAAAAACCAAUCUUUUCAGAUUAUUUAAGACUCCCAUUAAAAGUCACUCAGUAAAACAUACCCUCUUAUUUUGUUCGUUUGUUCUGAAAGUAAUGUGAUGUAAAAUCCCAGUGGUAUUUACCCCCAUCUAAUUAGUAAGGUAUUAAAAUAGAUUUUAAUUUCUCCCAUAUUUUUGGGGACUUCAAAGUCAGAUCUUAUUAACCUGCAAUAAAUCUUUAGGACUAAACAGUAAAAAUAGACAGUGAUGAGGAACUAGCUAGGUACCAGAGUAAAUGUACACCUUUCACGCUCUUCAGAAACAUUUCAGAAUAACAUGCACAUUUUAGUGAGUUAUCCUGACUCAUCUACCACUGAGUGAUUGUCAUGACAAGACCCAAGUUACCAGAAGUACAGAAAAUGAUUAAAUAAAAGAAAAAGGAAACAUUAAAAAAGCAUCUGUAUUUAGGAAUAGUGGGUUAAGUGUAUUAGUUACUUUAAUUUUGGUGACUUGGGUUCAAAUUCUGGCCUGGAUUGAAAAAUAAUUUUGUGGUCUUAUUCUUAUUCCCAUGUUUACACAUGUCACAAAACCACCACACAGUUUGUCACCACUUUCUGUCUCUCGAGAAGAGAUCCCAUUGAGUAGAAUAUAGCAUUAGUAUUUCUGUUCAGGACUGAGAUACAUUGGCAGAGCUGUGCUGACACAUUUUCCUAGUAUCUGCUUUACCUCCUACAUAUCUGGAUCAAAACAGUGCCACCAGUCUUUCUUUCGUGAGCACUAGAAUCUCAUCUUCAAGCUGUGACCUUCAGCUGCUCUACUUAUAUUCUUAGCCUGUCAGCACUAUCCCUUUCUGGUUUGGGGUCUUUGGUUAAAGGUGUGCUGAAACUGAUCAAUAUCAACCCUAACUUAAUGAGAGAAGAGAAGGAAUUAUAUUACCAGACAAGAAAAAUGCUCUUGAGGGACCUCAUUGAUUCAAUGGACCAACAGAGCAACAUGGACAGAAAGAUUCACCAGGGUGGUGCAGAGUAAGCUGAAAUGAGGAUGACAAAUAAAUGUAGAGAAGAUGAGUUCUUAAAGAACCAAACAAUGUUUAAGAACAUCUGAAUAACAGGUCUGUUUGCAGAGAAAGGAAAUGCCAAACUACUUCUGACCAUAAGUGGAUGACUGGCAUCAGGUUAUCUUGAAGCUAACUGUAAAAAAGACCCCAAUUUAUCUUGAUGAGAGAAGGUUUUCAGGUCUGAAAUAAGAGGUCCAUGAAAGUACUAGAAGUCAGCAGGAUUUGUACUGUUGAAUGAUGGGGACAGUGCAGAAUACUGAAAGUGGUCAGAAAAGUACUAUUAUCAUGGGAGAAAUUCAUAUAACAUUUUCUUGAUUUCUCCUUGUUAUACCCACCAUACGAAAAAGGAGACAAUAACUUACUAAGCUGCAAAAUAGUAACAGGAAGUUGUAACACUUUUCUUUGCGUAUCUGAUCUUUAAAGAGAGAAGGUACAUUUUUCUGGCACUAUGUUGAAGCAGACAAUCUCUAAGUGAAGGAAGGACCCACGGACAAGCCUUGAGUAAUAAGUACGAGGGAAAAUACCAAUAUUUUUCACUCCCUCACAAUGCCUAAAGGAGGUAGUAUUUUGGACAAUCAUCUUGCCAAUAAAAAUGUCUUGUUUUAUUAUUUUUGUGAAAUGUGGACUACAUUAGACUUUUUUGAAACAUGUUUGUAAGAGUCUGGUGACUCUUUGUCUUUGCCUCAGAAAUCUGAAUUAAUAUUUGCUUGUACUGAAGGUUAUUAAAAUUUCUCUUCGUGUGCA